UCACAAGUAUCACUAGUGGGAGGACGUGUUCGCGCUCUGCUGCUGCUCUGUCAGUGACUACCGCAGACGCAGUCAGCGACGAGACUUUGCUGCUGAAAAGUUUUUUUCUUUCCGAGAGUAAAUGGCGGUGUCGUCGACGAGGAGAGGGCUGGCGACGAAGGCGGUGAGGAGGGCGGGGGCCAGGAUGGCACUCUCCCUCCUGGGCACCAACAACCCCAAACAUAACCUCACAAUGGCUGACCACCUCCUCACCAUCUCCGCCCGCGACUUCGCCAAAAAGUGGAACUUUGACCCCAUCAAGGAAGUGCCCCUGGCCACGGGCCGCUACGACUGGUGCUCCGCCCCGCAAGCCCACGCCGCCCACGACCCCCACGCCCCCCACGCCCACGCCCACGCCGCCCACGACCCCCACGAUCUGCGCACCUGCCUCGCCCUGCCCACGGCCGACCUGCGCCACUCUCAGGGCGGGGUGGGCGACCUCUCUGCCCACCCCUAUAUCCCUGCCCACACCCACAUCCAGGCCCACGCCCACGUCAAUUCCCAAAGCAGCACAUCGACCAACCAGAGACACACAACCGCCAUCAACACUCCGGAAACGGAAGAAAGUUUGGAAGUGAAGGAAGAUGUGUGUACCGCCCCGGAGGGCGACGGUGCCUCCACCAGGGCCUCCACCAGUGCCACCCCGAGUGCCACCCCGAGUGCCUCCACGAGUGCCUCCACGAGUGCCACCCCGAGUGCCUCCACGAGUGCCAAGGGGAAGCAGGAAGCCUCCGCCACCAGCCAGGGAGCAGUAGGCACCGAGGAGCAGGCAGAGGCUAGGCCUACCACAAGUGCCAAGAAACAUAAGGAAGAACAUGUGACCGAGAUAGAAUUUGGCACCGAGGAAAAGGCAGAGGAUAGGCCUAAGGCGGGUGCCAGGGGGGAGGAGGGUGCUCCAGGGCCCCAGGGGGGAGCUGGCACUGUGCCAACAGCACAGGGCACCAGCGCUGCCUCACCUCCCGUCCCCGCUGCUGCACCUGGGAGGAGUGCCAGGCAGGAGGCGGUAGACACAUCUACAUCUACCACUCUACCCCGCCACCCCACCACACGGCAGACUUGUAUAACAGAGUACGUCAGGCCGCACAGAUCCUCAAAGAGCAGUUCGAGGGACCCGGACCACACUUCGCCGUCCAAGAAGAGGUCAGCCUCCACCCUUAAGGACCACCUCCACCAGCCUCCACACAAGAAGGUCCUUCUCCAGAUCCGAGCAUGAGGUGGGAGUUCCUGCAAGGGAAGGAUUCUUCUCCACAAGCACGGGAGGCCUCCGCCCCACCUAGCCAUGAUGGCUUCCCCCACUAACCUCCUGGCAAAAUCUUACUCCAAUUUUGCGGACUCCUUAUUUGCUCCUUGGGCAGCCAGAACCUCUGGCUCUGGGCCCUCGUGUGAUCCUGGAGGCUCCAGGUGCUCUGGCUCUGGGGCCCUCUUGUGAUCCUCGAGGCUCCAGCGUGGAGAGUUUAGAGACCCAACAAUGGGGAUCAGUUGCGGGUGUCACUGGCCCCAAGGAAGGAGCCCCGGCACCACUAGUAUAGCCUUAAGUAUACGAUGCAGCAUCUUGACAUCCAAAGACCUAAAAAACGUGUAUUUCUUUAGUAAUUCUUUUUACGAAAAUUCGAACCUAGUUUUAUUAAAUACGUAAAUUUAAUAAAACCUCACCUGCCUUAAAAUUCCUUUAUAUGAAAAUAAAUAGUAUAUAUGUAUAUUAUUUGCAUA